AUGAGUCGCUGCCGUCAUACAUGCUGGCUUAAGCCCUGGAGCCUGGGCAUAGAAACGGGCUUAGAGGUCACAGACCGACCUCAACGCUUGCUGAAGGAAUUCGAAAAUCCUGACGCCGAGAGCGCUGGCCUACUGGUGUUAAUCGGAAAUCAAUCGAAACAGGCGGCCUUCAAGAAGCUAAGUUUCCAGACGGGCAGGAUCCGGGCGAGGGCAGGAGGGGAAGUUCAUUUGCUUGUUUCUUCGUUGAAAGAGAAUCGCCGCAAGCGUGUCGUGAUCGCCGAUACAGAUGCAUCUGGAUCACAGUCCAAGUUGCCGUUGUUGAGCGCCAGCGCUUGCCACGCUGUAGAAGUCUAUACUGACACGAAGCAACAAGUUCCUGAAGAUGGGCUCAACUAUGAAAAUCUCUUACGUAGAACUCUACUUCCAUCUGCUGACGUUGUGUGCAUAUUUGUCAAUGAUUUAGGAGGAUUUGGUGAGUCGUUGAAACGAUUGCGUUUCUGGCUCCAGAGUGGACCACCAUCAACUAGCCCAGUGCGGCCACAUAUCCUGCUUGUAGUAAGGCAAGAAUGGAGACAGAGACACGAAAGUGAUCUUCAGAGGUUUGUAGCAGAACACCGGUCUAGAAGUCUUGAUCCGAGUUUCAGUGGCAUCACUCUCGUUGGAGUUCCCAGGAUGUCCGGUAAAAGUAGACGGCGAAGCGGCGGACAGACGCGACGAUGGCAAGUGCUCAGUUCGGAGUUAUCAAAGGCAUCGGAGACUAGUAGACAGGCUCGACGACGAUCUGACUCGAUCUUUUCAGUACACCAUCUUGCUCACUUCUUACAGUAUGCUGCUAGCGUAGCGUUGAGCGUAACUGCGGAACCUUUCAGCUUCGUGAAGGUUUCUCGGCUCCAUCGAGGAAUAGCACCAGACUUGAGUGACCAUAUCAGGAGCUUUCUAGGAAAGUUUGAAUUACUCAAGACGUUCCAGCAGGUGGCUGUCCCGUUAAUCGCCUCCAGUCUCCUCCUAGACCAUUACUCGCCUGGGAUGCACCCCUUCGACUGUCACCAGGUUUUUCGUGAACUCUACGAAAACGCUUGCUAUCAAGCCAGCUCUGAACUCAAAUCAAGCUUUAAGAUGCUCAUAUCACCUUCAGAAACCUCCCAAGCUUUGGGCUCGAUGCGUGACUGGCAUCGGCAGCAACUCGCCCGAAAUUCUGGUAUAUUACGAAGCAUUGUGUCGAACGACACCUGUCUUAGCUGCAUUAGGCGGCGGCCGCAGUACGGCUUCCCAUGUGGACAUAUUGUUUGUCAAAAUUGUAUUAGAACGUUCAGUCCUAAAAGCAGCUCUGAACCGUGGGAGUAUGUACCACAAUCAUGUCAUAUCUGUGGUCAGCCCACCCCAGGAAUUUCGAUAGGUCUGUUUCCUGAUACCAGCCGACUCCGGGUCUUGAGUAUUGAUGGUGGGGGCAUACGUGGGUCCGCCCCAAUUGGUUUCCUCAAGGCCAUCCAAGACGAGAUCGGUAUACCGUAUUAUAAUGUACAACGCAGUUUCGACGUCAAGGUCGGGACCAGUUCGGGUGAUGUUCCUCUGGUGUUUCCACAGUCAGAUCAACAACUUCUUCACCCAAUAAAGUCCCUUCAGCUGAGCCUCCCGCAAGAUUAACGGUAAAAGCAUAUCGCUUGUCGCCUUUCACGUAUGUUAUUGGAGGGAUAUCCUGUAUUCAUUU